ACACCACGCCGCGUCGCCGGUCGCCGCCCCCACGAAACCUGCGCGUCACCCUGCGAUCGUGAAGCCCAAAACCCUAGCGCUUUGCAGUAAAGCUUAGUUGAACAGCGAUGGCAGCGCCGGCGCGUGCUCUCCUCUCGUCCCGGCUCGCCGGCGUUUGCGCGGCGAAGGUGUCGAGCUGCGGCCGCCGGACGUACAGCGCCGCGGCGGCGGUGGCGCCGAAGGAGCCCGUCGGAGCGGCCUGCAAGGCGAGGCUGCCGGGAGCGGGGUCCAAGCCCAGGGAAGAGGAGGGCUUCUGGAUGAGGGACCCCAAGACGGGGUGCUGGAUGCCGGAGAACCGCCUCCACGACGUCGACGCCGCCGACCUCCGGGCGCGGCUGCUCUUCUCCAAGAAAGAUUAGUUCGUCGGCGAGACUUUUUCCGGGGAUCCGAGAAUUCAGUAGAUGAGUUUUCUUCGCAUGCAUGCGCGCACGCUGGCGUAGUUGUGGCCGAAAUUCAGUUUGUAAUGCAUUUGACGUGGAAAGAAAGUGUUGGCCGACAUGGUUAGAUUGAUUUCAGUUUCACUACCCGUUAAUUGGAGAUCGAUAUUGAACGCCGUUCUGUGAUUCAUUACGCUCCGGUAGGUGUUCAAAAGUGUCGUACGUGCAUGGCGGUCGUAUGUGCGCG